AUGAGGUUGAUCAUUUUGCUAACCUUCAUUUGCUUCUUCGCAGCAGGCAAAUUUACUGACGAAGAGUCAUCUUCUCCUUUAACUGAUAUCAGUUCUUACACCCAAGCUACUUUUUCUACUUACAUCGAUCAUUAUAGCGCAAUGCCAAACCAAUUUUCGAUGAAAUAUUAUUAUAAAACAACUUAUUGGAACGAAACUGGGCCAAUUUUCUUUUUCUGUGGAGGAGAAGGCCGAAUUGAAGUAUUCCUCAACAGCACUGGAUGGGUUGAUGCCCUGGCAGAACAAAUGAAUGCCAUCGUUGUUUAUGCUGAGCAUAGAUAUUUUGGCAGCUCUCUUCCAUUCGGAAAUAAGUCAUACACCAAAAACAGCUAUACCAAAUAUCUUUCUCCACAUCAAGCUAUGGCAGAUUUUGCUUAUUUGUUGACUAGUUUACGAGCACAAUAUAAUAAUACUAAAGUUAUCACAUUUGGAGGCGGCUAUAGUGGGAAUAUAAUAUAUAGAAAAAAAAAUUAUUUUUAAGAAUAAUUUUUUUUUGGAUAUUUUGGCUUGAACUAUAGUGGGAUGAUAUCAGCUUGGAUGAGAAUUAAAUACGCCAAUGUUGUAGAUGGGGCUGUCGCAAGCUCAGCACCAGUAAACCACUUUUAUGGCACAGUCGAUCCAACAGAGUUCUAUCACAUAGUCACGAAUGAUUAUCAAGCUGUUGAUCCAUCAUGUCCUGCCUAUAUACGUACAGCUUAUGACUAUAUCACUAAUAUGACGGAUUACCCUACAACUUAUUUCAACUUGACAAUGCUUUUCCAGACCUGCUACCCUAUAAUCACUCCAGGUGACAUGUUCAAGCUCAAGAAAUGAAUUCAAUAUGCAAUGACUUUUAUGGCAAUUUCCAAUUAUCCUUAUAAAAGCAAUUUUUAUAUUCUGAAAAUCAUAAAUGAUUUUAGGCAAUUUUAUAUAAAAAUUGAAAUUAUUUUUAUUGGAGUGAUUUUAGGAGAUAGAAUAAUCCAUUGCCAGCAUAUCCUGUAACUCAAGCAUGCAAUUUAUUCAACGACGUUGAAAUCGAUGACAUUUGGGGUGUAUUAAAAGCUGUCAAAGAUGCCGCAAAUAUAUAUUUCAAUUUUUCAGGCCAAAUCGAGUGCAAUGAUCUCAAUAAUUUCGUGCAAGGAAACUUCGGGCCAGGAAAUGGUUUGGAUUAUUUGAGCUGUACUUAUUUAUACUUUUUUAAAUAAUUUAUGCGGAAUCUUUAUUUAUUAGAAUAAAAUUCUUUAUAAUAAAAUAUGGAGUAAAUGUUCCGAUUGGAUCCAAUGCUACCAACUCAAUGUUCGGAAAUAUCCCAUGGGACCAAACGUGGUGGAACAAUUACUGUGUCUCCACAUGGGGAAGAAGCCCAAUCCUUAACUACGCUACCGUCUAUUUCGGAGCUACAACUGAUAGCCAAACUAAAUGGUACUUAAGAGACGCAACUAAUAUUAUUUUUUCAAAUGGAUCACUUGACCCUUGGAUCUCUGGAGCUAUCACGAAAAGCAUCAAUCCAACUGUACUUGGCUUUGUUAUGGCUGGUGGAGCUCACAUUGCUGACUUGAAAGCUCCUAAUGCUAAUGACCCGGCAGAAGUGACAAACGGAAGGGCAAUUAUCAAAGGCGCAAUUGAAUAUGCCCUUACUCUUUUUAUCAUAAAUAAAAAAUAAAUAAUAGUUGUAUACAAAAAUAUAUAAAUAAUGCAAUAGGAAAAAGUAUUUUUAUUGCAAGAUGAGUUAGAGAAAAAAUCCCAGAGUAA